UGUGCAUGUAUGCAUAUUUCACAUUCCCUGUCCCAGAAUCUGCAGGUCACUGGAGUUGGAGCAUUUACUAUUACAACUGCCACUUUCAUCUUUGAAACCCAUAUCCAUUCCAUGCGUCUAGUGAAGGGGUGAUGUGGCUGCAGGAUGCCUUUGUUUAAUAAACAAAAUAACAAGUGGCCCAGCCCAGCCUAGCACUUCCUAUUCAGCUGAACACACUGUCACCGGCUGUUGAGAAGUGACUCUCAAGAAUUUGCUGCCCCAGCAGGUACCAUUCUAGAGCUGGGCUUUUUUUGUUUGGGGGUUUGGGGUUUUUUUCCCCAGUCGUUUAAAAUGUCUAAAUCCUCCCGCUCGGCUAGAUCCUUCUUUACUAACGCAGCUGCUAAGUUGCCGUCCUCUAAGAAGGAUGAUUUAAGCAGCAAGCAGAAGAAAACCAGCCGAGGUGACAAGACAGAGAGAACUGGAAGCGAAGGAAACUUGACAGAGUAUCAGCAGGUGCAGGCGGCAGCAACUUCAGCUCAGAGGAAGGCUGCGGCGGCUCACAAAGAACAAGGGAGAAGCAAUCUUCAUGUAACAUCUCAGGAAGAUGCAGCAUGCCGCAGGCCCAGGGAACGCCUUUCUAAUGGAAACGCCAGGGCUCAGGUUUCCAAGCCUGCCCGAAAUAUCCCAAGGAGACACACUCUAGGUGGGCCCCGAAGUUCCAAAGAGAUCCUGGGAAUGCAGCCGUCUGAGAUGGACAGGAAGAGAGAGGCGUUCCUAGAGCAUCUAAAGCAGAAGUACCCGCACCAUGCCACAGCCAUCAUGGGCCACCAGGAGAGGCUGAGGGACCAGACAAAAAGUCCCAAGCUGUCCCACAGUCCUCAACCUCCCAAUUUGGGGGAUCCGGUUGAGCAUUUAUCAGAGACAUCUGGUGACUCUUUGGAAGCCAUGUCCGAGGGAGAAGUUCCGAGUCCUUUUGCUAGAGGCAGUCGUACUCGUGCAAGCCUUCCCGUGGUGAGGUCGACCAAUCAAACAAAGGAAAGAUCCCUGGGUGUUCUCUACCUCCAGUAUGGAGACGAAACCAAACAGCUGCGGAUGCCGAAUGAAGUCACAAGCACAGACACAAUCCGAGCUCUCUUCGUAAGUGCCUUUCCCCAGCAGCUCACCAUGAAGAUGCUGGAGUCGCCCAGUGUUGCCAUCUACAUCAAGGAUGAGAGCAGAAAUGUCUACUAUGAGUUAAAUGAUGUGAGGAAUAUCCAAGACAGAUCCCUUCUCAAAGUAUACAACAAGGAUCCUUCACAUGCAUUUAACCACAUGACGAAAGCCGUGAACGGAGACGUGAGGAUGCAGAGAGAAAUUGUUUAUGCAAGAGGAGAUGGGCUUGUUGCCCCCCGACCAGGAUCUGUGGCUCACCCACCUCAUGUAAUUCCAAACUCCCCACCAUCAACUCCGGUGCCCCAUUCUUUACCUCCCUCUCCAUCCAGAAUUCCUUACGGGGGCAGCCGUCCAAUGGCUAUUCCCGGCAAUGCCACCAUCCCCAGGGACAGACUCUCGAGCCUGCCAGUAUCCAGAUCCAUCUCCCCAAGCCCUAGCGCCAUUUUGGAAAGAAGAGAUGUCAAACCGGAUGAAGACAUGAGUAGCAAAAACCUGGUUAUGUUCAGAAAUGAGGGUUUCUAUGCUGACCCUUACCUCUAUCAUGAAGGACGAAUGAGCAUAGCCUCAUCCCAUGGCGGCCACCCUUUGGAUGUCCCAGAUCAUGUCAUUGCAUAUCAUCGCACAGCGAUCCGGUCAGCGAGUGCUUACUGUAGCCCUUCCUUGCAAGCAGAAAUGCAAAUGGAGCAGUCAUUAUACAGACAAAAGUCAAGGAAAUACCCUGAUAGCCAUUUGCCUACCUUGGGCUCCAAAACGCCCCCAGCCUCUCCACACCGUGUGGGUGACUUAAGAAUGAUAGAUCUGCACCCGCAUCUUAACGCACAUGGGCCCCCUCACACUCUGCAGCCAGACCGGGCCUCCCCCAGCCGCCAGUCCUUUAAAAAAGAACCCGGCACCCUGGUGUACAUCGAAAAGCCACGGAACACUUCAGGAUUAUCCAGCCUUGUAGACCUGGGGCCUCCUCUAGUUGAGAAGCAAGGAUUUGCUUACAGCACUGCUACAAUCCCCAAAGACAGAGAAACCAGAGAGAGGAUGCAAGCCAUGGAGAAGCAGAUUGCCAGUCUAACUGGCCUUGUUCAGUCUGCGCUUUUUAAAGGGCCCAUUACAAGUAGUAGCAAAGAGGCAUAUAGUGAGAAAAUGGUGAAAGCCACAGCCAACAGGAACCAAGCAGAUGGUGCAGGAACGGCCCAUGUUUCUGCAGGGAAGGUUCUGGGCUCUGUGGAGUUCUCACUGCCUCCCAGCCAACCCCUGCCUGCUGGAACCUCGCCCAUCCACACUAGCCUGCUUGACAUGAGGAGGAAUGUGGCUGAACUCAGGCUCCAACUCCAGCAGAUGAGGCAGCUCCAGCUGCAGAACCAGGAGAUUCUGAGGGCGAUGAUGAAGAAGGCUGAGCUGGAAAUCAGUAGCAAAGUGAAGGAGACCAUGAAGAGACUAGAGGAUCCGGUACAGCGUCAGCGCACCCUGGUGGAGCAAGAGAGACAGAAGUACCUCCACGAAGAAGAGCGGAUUGUCAAAAAGUUAUGUGAGCUGGAGGACUUUGUUGAGGACUUGAAGAAAGACUCUUCCUCCACUGGCCGAGUGGUGACCCUGAAAGAUGUGGAAGAUGGGGCUUUCCUCCUGCGACAAGUGGGAGAAGCUGUGGCCAGUCUCAAAGGAGAAUUUCCAACUUUGCAAAAUAAGAUGCGUGCUGUCCUGCGCAUAGAAGUUGAGGCGGUAAGGUUCCUGAAGGAAGAGCCACACAAGCUGGACAGUCUCCUGAAGCGUGUGAGGAGCAUGACAGAUGUGUUGACGAUGUUGCGGAGGCAUGUCACUGAUGGGCUCCUGAAAGGCACCGAUGCAUCCCAGGCUGCACAGUAUGUUGCCAUGGAGAAGGCCACAGCUGCAGAGGUCCUGAAGCAUCAGGAAGAGACAGCCCAUGCCCCUGGGCAACCCCUCCACUGCAGCACUGGAAGCCCUGGCGAUGUGAAGUCAGAAGUGGUGCCCCUAUCCACCAUGACAGUUCACCAUGUACAGAGCUCGCCUGUGGUCAUGCAACCUUCCCAGCACUCCUCAGCCUUGAUGAACCCAGCCCAGAAUUUGGCUGGAGGAACCAGACCUCACACAGCCAGCCCUACAGCAAUCACACAGGAAGUAACCUCUGCACAGUCAGCUCCAGCCCCCCAGUCCCCUCAGACCCCAGUGAAUGGUUCCUCCAUGCAGAGCUUGUUCAUUGAGGAAAUUCACAGUGUGAGUGCCAAGAACAGGGCAGUGUCCAUUGAGAAGGCAGAAAAGAAAUGGGAAGAAAAAAGGCAAAAUCUGGAAUACUACAACGGAAAAGAGUUUGAGAAGCUGCUGGAAGAAGCUCAGGCCAACAUCAUGAAGUCAAUUCCAAACCUGGAGAUGCCCCCAGCUUCCAGCCCAGUGUCAAAGGGAGAUGCGGCGGGGGAUAAGCUGGAGCUGUCAGAAGAUUCUCCAAAUUCAGAGCAGGAAUUGGACAAGAUAGGGGGAAAGUCACCCCCUCCUCCACCCCCACCCCCUCGGAGAAGCUACCUUCCUGGAUCAGGACUUACCACCACGAGAUCAGGCGAUGUGGUCUACACUGGCAGGAGCAUGUCUAAGGUGAGCAGUGAAGACCCUGGGCCAACACCACAGACUAGAGCCACAAAAUGUCCCCCCGAGGAACCUGCCUCAGCCUGGGCCCCAUCCCCACCACCAGUCCCUGCUCCUUCCUCCAAGGAGGAGGAGGAAGAAGAAGAAGAAGGAGACAAAAUCAUGGCAGAACUCCAGGCAUUCCAGAAGUGUUCCUUUAUGGAUGUAAAUCCAAACAGUCAUGCUGAGCAGUCCCGAGCUAACAGCCACCUUAAAGACACUAGGGCAGGCGCCACAGCCCCACCCAAGGAGAAGAAGAAUUUGGAAUUUUACCACGAAGAUGUACGAAAAUCUGAUGUUGAAUGUGAAAAUGGCCCCCAAGUGGAAUCUCAAAAGGUCACUGCAGGGGCUCUGAGACCUAGUGGCGCCCCCAAAUGGGAAAGAGUCAUGGUGGAUAGUAUGUCUGACACCUCAAGAACAUCACAAUGUAGAGCUGACACCUUCACAGAGGAAAAUGCCACACCCAAUAAGAGCUUAUUCAGAGACAGUAGAAAUUAUUCCCAGAAAAAUGUGCCUAAGGUCAGUUUUUCUGCCUCUGGCCUGAACUCAUUAGAAGGUGAAAUCAACAAAGGGCCUAAUGUCUCGGGACCACAGUGUGCUAUUCCUGACUUGGAAAAUCAGAAGUUGAAUUUUGGAAAGACAAAAGAGAUAGGCCAACAAGGACAAGAAAAUGCAGAUAAGAGUCACAUUUCUCUCCCAACUCGAUCAGCAGAAUUCAGUGUUCAUGAUGUCAAAACACAAGAUCAAGAUGUUCCCUUGACAGGUUAUGGCCAAGUUGUCCUGAGAUCUAAGGUGGGUAGGCACGCUAAUACGAACAUGAAUGAGGAUGGAGAAUCAAGUCCAAGUUCUCCCAGUGAGGAACACACAGCCACUGAUAACAUCGCCUUUAUGAUCACCAAAACUGCUGUCCAGGUUCUGUCCAGCGGGGAAGUCCAUGACAUAGUGAGUCAAAAGGGACAAGAUGUACAGACAGUUAAUAUUGAUGGAAGGAAAGAGACAGCCUCUCAGCAAGAAGGGACAGAAGGGGAAGAGCCGGUUGUGUGCCUGGACAAGAAACCAGUUAUUAUCAUUUUUGAUGAACCCAUGGACAUCCGAUCUGCAUAUAAAAGACUCUCAACCAUCUUUGAGGAAUGUGAUGAGGAGCUAGAGAGAAUGCUAACAGAGGAAAAGAUAGAGGAAGAGGAAGAGGAUGAAAACGAAGACACUGGAGUCCAAACCUCAUCCCAAAUGUCCGGUGAACAGGUCGACUCGAGAAGUGAUAGGAUGGGACAAAAGGCAGAGACACAAUCACAGCCCCAUGUCCUGUCAGCAGAGUUGCUGACUCCAGGAGUGCAGGGUGUUCAUAAAGCCGAGCAGAGAAAGCUUAGCUCAGCUGAUUCUCCAGACUCGGGGAAUAAGUGUGACAUGGUUGAUGACCAGUUUGAAAGUCCCAAGAAAAAGUUUAAGUUCAAAUUCCCUAAAAAGCAGCUUGCUGCUCUUACACAGGCAAUUCGCACAGGCACCAAAACGGGAAAGAAAACCCUGCAGGUGGUUGUCUAUGAGGAAGAGGAAGAGGACGGUACUUUGAAACAGCACAAAGAAGCCAAACGGUUUGAAAUCACCAGGUCACAGCCUGAAGAUGCCCUCAAAACCCUGGCUAGGGGGCAAGAGCAGCUCAGCCCUGAGGGCACACUUCCAACAUCAAGGACUGAUGAAAUUAGGAAAAGUACUUACAGAACACUGGACAGCCUGGAGCAGACCAUAAAGCAACUUGAAAAUACAAUCAGUGAAAUGAGCCCCAGGGCCCUAGUUGAUACCUCAUGUUCUUCCAACAGCGAUUGUGGUGCAAGCUUGCCCCACAUAGCUCAAGAGGUCUCUCCCCGGUCCUUGCUAGUUCUGGAUGAAGUACCCCCUGCCCCAGAGCCCCCCACAUCCAUAUCUCCAGCUUCACGUAAGGGCUCCAGCACAACCCCACAGACAAGCCGGAUGCCAGUCCCCAUGACUUCCAAGAACAGACCCGGAAGCCUGGAUAAGGCCAGCAAGCAGUCCAAACUACAGGAUCCCCGCCAAUACCGUCAGGCUAAUGGAAGUGCUAAGAAAGCUGGUGGGGACUGUAAGCCUACUUCCCCCUCCUUACCUGCUUCUAAGAUUCCAGCCCUUUCUCCCAGCUCUGGGAAAAGCAGUUCUCUGCCUUCCGCUAGUGGGGACAGCUCUAAUCUCCCCAGUGCACCUGCUACUAAACCAUCGAUUGCUUCUACCCCUCUCAGCCCCCAAGCAGGACGGUCCGCUCACUCUGCUUCCCUCAUCCCUUCUGUCUCUAAUGGCUCCUUAAAGUUUCAGAGCCCGCCUCACGCAGGUAAAGGCCAUCACCUUUCGUUCGCACUGCAGACUCAAAAUGGCCGAGCUGCCCCUACUUCCUCUUCCUCCUCAUCCCCUCCUUCUCCUGCCUCCCCCACCUCCCUGAAUCAAGGUGCCAGGGGCAUCAGGACCAUCCAUACUCCUAGCCUCGCCAGCUACAAAGCACAGAAUGGAAGUUCAAGCAAAGCCACCCCAUCCACAGCAAAAGAAACGUCUUAAAGGCCAGAUCCUAUUAGGCACAAGGUGGAAUUACAUUCUUGUUUUUAAUUUUCAGCAAUCUGGAACAAGUGUCUUCAUAAGAGAAUGUAUCAUAUUGCUGUAUUGUUCAAGGCUUCAUGCAGAGUAUGUGUUAGUACUGAGUUGAUAGCUGCAGUAAAGCUUGGUUUUUCUACUCUGUUGCUGUUGUAAUUGCAUAGUGUUUACUGUCUAGAUUCGAUACCUAUUACAUGAAGAAAGCAUGUGCUAUAAAAAGAGAGUAUGAUGAGAGUGAAGACAUGUGUGAGACAAGCUGACUGUACUAUGCAUGUAAAACAUGUAUGAUUCCAGAAUUUUAGUAUGUUUUGUAUAAAAAUAUUUUUCAUUACAGAGACUAGAGGCAAACAGAGAAAUAAAUACACAAGCGUGACUAUAUAAAUUGUAAAGCAUAUAUUAUGAUAUUUUCUUUUAUUUUAGUGUUAUUUAGCUUUAUUACAGAUUUCUAUUUUUGUCAAAACUUCAUGGUUCCUUUCAAAAUCUUUUUUGCCAAAACAUUUUGAUACUACAGCAUUGUACAUUUGAAAGUAGCGUGCUAGCCUCUAAGCCAAUGAGCUUCUACAGCCGUAGAAAGAAAUUCAGCCAAACUCCUGCACUGCCAGCAAAAGUUUGUAUGAUAAUUUGCUAGUGCAAGCCAGCUCAUUUUUUUCUUUGUUUUCUUUUCAUUUUCUUCUUCCUUUUUUUUUUUUUUAAAGACAAAACAUCUGAGUAUUCUGUAGCCGUUUUCUUUGCACUGUCUGACCCCCUUUUAUGUUUUCUUAGACCUGGUAAUUCAUACCAUUGCAUUGUGGACUUUAAAAUGUACACUUCUGUAUGGUUCUGUACACGGAGGAACUUUUGUAAAUAUACAAAUAUAAAUAAACAUCAAAAUACUAUCUGUGACAGCACAUAGAGUAGUUUUCCCACACCAAAGUUAAUUUGUAUGCAUGCUUAAGAGUCUAUAUUGGGAUGGGCAGAAAUCCAUACAUUUUUAAAAAGCAACAAGUUUGCACAGUUAGGGUGGUUUUGUAAAUAACUGUAUUUGUAUAACACAGCCAUGUAACAUAUGGAACUGUAAGCAGAGACUUGGCAAAACUAAAUAAAGGGCUGCAUGCUUAUUAUUUUUUUGUACCUUGUCACUAUAACGUCUUUCAGUCAACGGAUAUGUAACUAUUGCCACAGGGUUUCAGCUUUGAGGGCACUCUAAGUAAUGUGUAAUCACAGCCACUCCUACAGUGUUGCUUCCUCGAAAGGGAAGGAUGAAUUCCUAAUAAACUCAUCAACAGUG